AUGAAUCAAACAAGUUCUGAAGAUAUACAAUCCAACGCUCAAAUGUUCAGAAAAUCAAUGAAUGAAAUUCGAUGGGGUCGUUGUGAGGAGUGCAAGACGACGUUUCUUGAUAUUCCAGCUAAAUGGAUUUGUAACUUUUGUGAAAAAGACAAAAAUCAACAUCCAGGAGGAGUUUUGUUGUUUAGUGAAGCAAAUAACAUGGAUCCUGGAGACGAGCCAGACAAGUUGUCUCGAUUGAGUGAUCUCGAGAAGCUCUUGAUUGCUCGUGUUCACCCGAUGAUAUCCGUGUAUAGAGUUAAAGGACAACAGUACAAGUACGGAGGAAAUGUGAUCAACUUUGUACGUGAUGUGAAUGAAAUUUCAAAGGUUCUUCCGCAUAAACCAAGUGAUUUGGAUGCAAUUUUAAUUGUGAAUAAGACUGAUAUAGAAAUCAAUGAAGCUAAUAUUGAUGGUUUGCCUGAAGAUGAUGUCUCUGAUGACCUUCCGUGUAUGAAUAAAGAUGAUGAUAAGUUGCAACAACACGACGACGAUCACAAUGGGCCUCCAGAAUUGCAAGAACAAGGUGUUCUCCAUGUUGAUGAUUUUCAAACAGCAGGUACAAUUGGUGCAUUUGUACAACCCGAUCAGCGGAAGUGUAUCAUGAGAGCUUUGGAAAGAGUUGAAGCUGAUAAGACUAAUGUGGAUCUUCCUUUCACGGGUGAAGUUGUAUAUGAGUUUACGAAAGUAGGUUAUAUUACUAUGGCCUUUCCGACUCUUUUCUCGUAUGGUAGGGUGGAUUUGAGAGAGUACAGACCUCGAAAGAUUGGUGAACGUCAGUAUUUUCAAUACAUGAUGAGAUAUCACGAUGGACGUUUUUCCCGAGAUUCCAGGUUUCGUUAUUUUUCACUCAACUCAUCAACCAAGUGGCACGCCUUAUCUUUAGGGUAUGUGUAUGUGAAGCUUAAUCCAACAGAUGGUAAACUGUCAAUCGAAUAUAUUCGAGACAUAGUUACAUCCAGCGACAUACAGUUAUUGUCGCGUGUUUCUUACUAUGCAAAGCAGAUACGAGGUAUGAGGGCUUAUUGGUACAGUAGAUUGAAAGAACUCAUAGAAAUGGUCAAGCAGUUGGGUUCACCAACUAUAUUUUUCACUCUUAGUGCCGCGGAUUUGCAAUGGCCUGAACUCUAUGCCAUUCUUGAUCCGGAAAACAGAUUGGGAAGUCUGGAUCCCAUGGAAAGAAGGCGAGAAAGGUGA